AAAUACUUCCUUGAGGAAAAAAAUGCACUGUUGAAGAAUGAAGCAAGUUUGGACAGUUUUUGUGUUAUUCUUGUACAUUUAUGGAAUUGAUAAAUUUCUGUUAACAAGAGCUGAACAGAAAAUCCUAUAUCCAUCAGCAGUACCUGAUACAAUUACUUGUGCAAAACCUGCAGUAAUACAAGUUGAGAAAGCAGAUAUUGUUGGUGAAAAUAGUACCUGCUCCAACGAAUGUGUUUUAAGUCAAAGCGAUUUUGAAACGAUAAAAGUAAAGUGUAAUGAUUUUCACGAAUGCACCGUUGAUUUUCCCAAUGAUACUUCCUGUUUGAGAGAAAACCGCUAUUUUCACCUGUCUUAUUCAUGUUUAGUUCCAACGAACAAGGCUUGUAAUUUUGAGUUUUCGCUUUGCAACUGGAUGCCGGAUUCAGAUAUCGAUGGUAUUAAUUGGGAGAGGCAUUUCCCACGUAAAACCUCACUGCCAAAUAAAGACCACACUACCAAUUUGAGUGUGGGGUAUUACCUCUAUAUGGCGAAAAGUACACCACUGGGAAGCAGAACGGCUGCAGUAAGAAGUGGAGAUUUUUUGUUUAACGGGGAUAAGUGCCUUGAAAUUUGGUAUAACAUUGAUCAUACCAGUCAACUUCGAAUAUACCAAAGUACAGUUAAUGUAAACCGUUCACUUUCAUGGACAAAUAUGAAUGGCUCAAAUAAUUGGCAACAUGUCAAUGUCUCAUUAAAAAGGGGUUUACCAUAUACAAUAGUGAUAGAAGGCACUGUUGGUAACAGCAGUAAUGCUUACAUAGCAAUUGAUGAUACUGAUAUUCGAGAUCGGUCCUGUAAUGAAUCUCAACCUGUCAGUUGUAAUUUUGAACAAAACUUUUGCAAUUUUGAAGUAAAACCAGACUUUGAUUUACCAUGGACAAGAGGUAACACCGAAGAAACGGGGAUUAGACGUCCAUCAUUUGAUCACACUAAAGGAGAAAAUGGAUACUACGCUUACGUACAAUCAUCAAAUUAUGUACCACCAUACCGUCGUCGUUUAAUCAUUCCAAUUGACAAUGUAUUAGAAGUAGGAUGCCUAUCAGUUUGGUAUUAUAUGUAUGGUGAUUAUCCUGGUCAUCUUUUUAUAUAUACAGUGGUGAACAUGACAGAAGAGAUUAUGUCAGUUAUCUUCGAUACAAGAACAGUUAUGUGGAGUCGUUUUCAAGCAAAUGUCUAUAACGUUACAAAGAUAAUUUUUGAAUACAAUUCCACCGACAAAAACAAAGGUGGAAUAGCAUUGGAUGAUGUAUACAUAUCGCCCAUCAUUUGUGCAGCUAAACCGAUUUCUGAUGAUUGUGUUAAGAAUGACGAACAUUUGCAUAUUCAGUGUCCCGUUUCUUAUUUAUGGAACGAAACAAUAGCUGUCGAUCUGAAGAUUCCGAAGUCCUGCCACACCACUUCUGACCAAAUUCAUAGAAAACUGCAAAACAUAUUCAAUCAAUGCAACUACAGAUCAAUUUGCACGUUCACGCCAGAUGAGCCCAUUAAUGACGAUUUGUGUUUAAAAAUGACAAAACGUUUGCUUCUGGAUUAUUCAUGUAUAGAUAAGUCAGUUUCUGUGACGACAAGCACGCGGACAGCAUCAUCUACACCACAAACGAACGAUACAACGUUUUUAACCACAUUUGAAAGGCAGACGAUAUCAACAUCCCAAAAAGCUGGCGAUACAACGUUUUUUACAAUAUUGGAUAGGCAGACAAUAUCAACAUCACAACAAACUGGCGAUAUUACAGAUACUAAUCAAUCUAGCUCGCCAAGUUCAACUUCAGUUAUAGGGAUUGUCAUAGGUGUGCUUCUAUCCUUGAUUGCACUGUCAGUUUUUCUGGUUAUAGCAGUCGUUUAUUUUAGGAGGUAUAGAUAUGCGGAAAAGAAAGGACAUUCAAUUGUAGCAAAUGAAGACAGCCAUAGUGAUUAUACUGGCCGUCAGAAUAUAGCAUUUUCACCGGAAGUCAACGUCACCACUCAAACAGAUUACUGUGAAAUACGAAAAUCUAAACUUAACGAACACUACCAUGACAUUUCUGACACCUUUAGCCCCUCAAUCAACACAACAAAUGAUGACGAAUACAGUGAAAUUGCGAAUGUAGUAAAUUCAACUAAUAGUAACCCGAAUCCAUCUACAAACUAUCAGCAUCAAUAUAUUACUCUGGAUCCUAAUGCAACUGGAUUCGAUCGGUCAAAUCCACAAACUAAUUUGAAUAAUUCAAAUGAGACAAACAGCCUCACAGGUGGUGAUGAUUAUGCCAUACUUGACCCUGAUGACCUUAAUGAAUCGAAAAACAAUACUCCGAAUGUUCUAUCAUUGAGUGACAACUACGUUGUUUUAGAUCCGAACGAAACCGGUUAUAACAGACAAGAAAACACGGAUAGAGUCUGUAACUAUGAACUUUCAACUUCUUUCAAUCCGACAGAAACCUCUGAAAAUCCAUACGACGUUUCCAAAGAUGAAACUUACGAUACGUCUAGUAACAGCCGCCAUAAGGAAAAGGAAAAUAACAUCUAUAGCCACACGAUUGACAACGUGUACGAUACUGCAGGUAACCAAAGAAAGAAAGAAGAAAGCGAUGGCACAUAUGAUCAUUUCUUUGGACAGAAAUCCGAAGACGAUUACGACAUUUCAAAACCAAUAUAAGAAAGACCAAAUUUAUCCAAGAAAAAGAAAUAUGUAAAUACUAACCAGAAAUCCUUGUGCAUAAAUUUACUAAAAUGCUUUAAAGAUUUUGAAUGUUUUAGAUAUACAUGUACAUGUAAACUACUUGUAUGUAAAUAUUCCAAGAUUGUAUUAGUAUGGUAAAUAAUAAGCGAUUCAAUGCAAACCGAAGCUACGACCAGAUGAUAAUUAUAAAAUAAGUUCAUAUCAUCAUUUAUAACAUUGUUCAUUAUUGAAGGUCAACUUAAAUUUCAAUUACAGUAUUUAAAUCACUCAAUAAAGGUUUCAAAUUGUCUAAAAUGAACGCAAGAAACUUGUGUGCGCUAAAUUGAUAUUCAAAUUAUGUUCACUGUACAUGUACCUGAUUUACAUUCGCAACCAAAGUAGCAACUUACAGAACGUAUUGUGUACAUGUGCGUGUAUUGAUUCAAGUACAUUUUAUCUACUUUUACACGGAAAUAUAUGACCGAAAUAGCCUUGAAAUAAAAAUCGUCGAUUUGCGAUAUUUAUCGCCGCUUAUCAGAAAAAAGAAAAAUCUCAUCAUAAAAAAAAAUCCGUUGGCAGGUUCUUUUAUAUAUCAGCAUUAUUUGAUUUUUAAUUUUUAUUUUUAAUUAUUAUCAAAAAUACAUUUUGUAUUAUAUGUUCCAAUCGUAACCACAAUCCCGAAUGUGACCUACCGAAUUAGACUUGUACUUACGUGAGCAACAUGACGGGUGCCACACGUGGAGCAGGAUUUGCUUAACCUCCUGGAGCACUUGAGAUCACCCCGGGUUUUUGCUCGGUUCGUUUUGCUCAGUCUCUAGUUUUCUAUGUUGUGUUUUGUAUGCUGUUUUUUUUUUUUUUUUUUUUUUUCUUGUUUUGCAACUUGAGCCAUGAUUUAGAACUGCAAAUGAGAUAUGGUAAUAGUAACUGUUACACUUUCCGAAAUCAAUUAAAUAUAAUAUCCUGCAGAUAAAAGUACAAAUGUAAAGGAUGCACGUCAAUAUAUAUAGCAAACACAAACAUGUAUUGAAUAAUUUGACUGUAAAUUACCUCCAAUUAUCCUAAAAAUAAUAAUGUAAUUAUCACUAAAAUUUCUGUUUUAUUGUUAAAAAUGUAUUCUGUUUUAUUGAUAAAAAUGUAUUCGGUUUUAGAUUAUUGAUAUGACUUUAAAAAAAAUGUAUAGUUGGUCAUCGAAUUCUUUAGAGUUUCCAUUGUUUUUUGUCAUUCUGUGUAUAAGUUUCAAACAUUUACACCAAAAAGGAGACUUUGUAGGAAAUGGUUCCGAUAGAUAAUAUUGAGCAGUCCAAAAUUGCCGAUUUUUAGUGGUAUUUACAUGUUUUCUAUAUAUUGCAGUUCAUAAUACAUGUAGUUGCAUGCGCAAUAUCAUUAAAAUCUGUGUGAUUGCUCGUAUAUAUACCUGACCUUUAGCAAUGUAUAAUUUCUUAAGGGAUAAAAGUUGUAUUUCAUUUCCCUGCCAUUAGGAUUGCAUUUUUGUGUACCACAGACAGGCGAAGGAAGUCAACUUAAGAGCGCCGUGAUUGGAUGUAUUGGUAUAAUAUAUUUUUAUAUUUUUUGAUGAAUAACUGCAGUGUGUAUUUUUACAAUAUAAAUUUUGAAACACAUAGAAA